GAAGAAGAAGUAACAAAUUGGUGAAGUCAGAAGUUGAAUCGAAGAAGAAUUAACGAUGACGGCGACGGCGACGAACAAGCAGGUGACAUUGAAAGACUACGUUAGUGGUUUCCCUAAGGAAUCCGAUUUCGAUUUCACCACCACCACCGUCGAACUAAGGGUUCCGGAAGGUUCUAACUCGGUUCUAGUGAAGAAUCUCUACUUGUCAUGCGAUCCUUACAUGAGGAUUCGCAUGGGGAAACCUGAUCCUUCCACUGCUGCUCUUGCUCAAGCUUACACUCCCGGCCAGCCAAUCCAAGGGUAUGUAGUGUCCAGAGUGAUAGAAUCUGGACAUCCAGAUUACAAAAAAGGAGACUUACUCUGGGGUAUGGUUGCAUGGGAGGAGUACUCUGUUAUCACUCCAACACCUCACGUGCAUUUCAAGAUCCAGCAUACCGAUGUUCCAUUAUCUUACUACACUGGACUUCUCGGUAUGCCCGGUAUGACCGCCUAUGCUGGGUUUUAUGAAGUUUGUUCUCCAAAGAAAGGAGAGACAGUUUAUGUGUCAGCUGCAUCUGGUGCGGUUGGUCAGCUUGUGGGGCAAUUUGCUAAGAUGUUGGGCUGCUAUGUUGUUGGAAGCGCUGGUAGCAAAGAAAAGGUUGAUCUCCUCAAGACCAAGUUUGGGUUUGAUGAUGCAUUUAACUACAAGGAAGAAACUGACCUUACUGCUGCCCUCAAAAGGUGUUUCCCUAAUGGCAUUGACAUAUACUUUGAGAAUGUAGGAGGCAAAAUGCUAGACGCAGUGCUUGUAAACAUGAACCCACACGGGCGUAUCCCAGUGUGUGGAAUGAUCUCACAGUACAAUCUUGAGAACCAGGAAGGUGUACACAACCUAUCCAACAUAAUCUACAAACGAAUCCGCAUUCAAGGCUUUGUAGUUUCUGAUUUCUAUGACAAAUACUCAAAGUUCUUGGAGUUUGUGCUUCCGCACAUUAGAGAAGGGAAGAUAACGUACGUGGAAGAUGUAGCUGAUGGGCUCGAGAAAGCUCCUGAAGCUCUCGUUGGACUCUUCCAUGGUAAGAAUGUUGGGAAACAAGUUGUUGUUGUUGCUCGUGAGUGAAACAAUGUUUGAUACUUGUACUUAUCCAACAGGAGUUUGUGUGGGUGGUUUAUGUUUUAUGGAUAAAAAUAAUGUUUGUUAUGGUUUCGAAUCAAAUAGAUAUAAAAUUCGGUUUUGGUUCAUCUUUGCGUUUGGAUUUGCUCUUUAAAAAUAAAUCAAGAUACAGUUA